AUGCGGUAUUUUUUGCUCUUUUCCAGGGUUCGUGAAAGCUCUCAAGAAGAGACCCACAUUCUCUUGGAGUGUGACUCUGCAGCCUUGGACUCCCUUCAGAAGCAUCUGAAACUGUAUAAGAUCCGAAGGAAAGUGAGCAUCGCUCCUUGCCUUGACAUGUCUUUGUGGGCUGUGAUCUUGAAGGAGCCGUCUGAGGAGGUUUCCCGGAAGCUCCAACACCGCUCUGGCAACGCGGUGGUUGUCGCGUCGGACCCCAGAGGAGACAUUAUGGGUUGGAGGCUGAUAACCAACCAAAGCACAAACCCGCUAGAGAUUGUUCCCGGAAGCCGGAUUGGAAAUAUCAAAGAUUAUCAUAGGCACAGGUACAAACAAGGCAUCCCUGAAGGCAUUAAAGACCUCCCUACUGGAAUAGCCCUACCUCUGGAAUCCAACCUGGCUUACAUGAAUGGUGUCAGUUUCACCAAAGGCUGUUACAUCGGACAGGAGUUAACUGCUAGGACCCACCAUAUGGGUGUCAUCCGUAAACGCCUCUUGCCGAUAGAGCUUGCAGUACCCAUGCCUUCCGAAAGCAUUCCUAACGGUGCGGAAAUCGUUACGGAAUCGGGAAAGUCGGCUGGGAAGUACCGGGCCGGAAGCGAUGAGCUUGGGAUAGCCCUGCUCCGACUGGCUCACGUGAACGAACCGUUGCGUCUAAAACUCCCCGGUGACGCGACCGUGAAUCUCACAGCUUCCGUUCCUGAAUGGUGGCCGAAGGCUACAAACGCGUAGAAGAAGCUUGUGUUCAACAUCGUCUGCCUCGCUGAAGAUAGCCUUGUGGACUUGAAGUUCAUUCGCUGUUCCCUUGAUUUUGUUUAAUGAUUUGUCGGGUCAUCUGCCCGACUCCAUUAUAUUUCAGCAGGCGUUGCGCGAGAAGAGCUCCACGCAGAUUAUGCCCAUUUUCACUGUCGCUUAUUAGGGAGGACCAAAUAAUGUGCGCAGCGUAAAUUAUUUUAAGAGAUUCUUGUGUCUCUAAUACUGAUGCUUUUUCUAAAUUUGGGAAA